GACUCCUUUCUGCUUAAAUCCAUAAAGACUACAUCAUUCUGUAUGAUGUUCAGAAAGUGUUUGCCAUCGACGCCCUGGCCUCUUCUCACCCGUUGUCCCGCAAUGAAGAGGAGGUUAACACGCCUGCCGAGAUCAGUGAGAUGUUCAACACCAUCUCUUACAACAAGGGUGCAGCGGUGCUUAGGAUGCUGUCAGAGUUUCUCAGCGAGCCUGUGUUUACCAAAGGACUCAGUUCUUACCUCAAUGAAUUUGCCUAUAACAACACAGUACAUACAGAUCUGUGGGGUCAUCUCCAACAGGCAGUAGCUGACACACCAGACUUGCAUGUUCCCUGCACUGUACAUGACAUUAUGAACCGCUGGACUCUCCAAAUGGGCUUCCCAGUGGUCACUAUUAACACCACAACAGGAGGGGUCAGCCAGAAACACUUUCUGUUAGAUCCAGAUUCGAAAGUGGACAGGUCGUCCCAGUUCAAGUACAAAUGAGUUUUCCUUUACUCUUCUUCAAUUUUAUAAUGAAUAAUAACUGAAGAUAGCCCACAAAAUUAAUAGUUUAAAACAACCUAAACUGUUAACUUAGGUUAGUAUGACUUACAGCUACAGUAGAAUUAAAGUUAGUAGAACAUUUAAAAGUUACACAAGACCAAUAAAAAGAAGACAUUUUUUUUAUUACAGAAAACUUGGCCUGUUAACAAGUUGUCCAUUAAAUUUGCCGGACUUUGUAAAUUGCACUUAAUAUUGGGUUAGGGCUCCUUUUACUUGUAUCAAUGCCAUGUGGCAUGGGGGCAAUCAGCUUGUUGCUUUACUGAGAUAUAAAGGAAACUUAGAUUGUGUAAAUACCAACCUUCAAUAUAUUUGCAUAGUUUGGUUUGGUGUACCUCAUCUUCUCUAACAACAACCCACCAAUUCUCUCUGAGGU